CCCGCCCUGCCUCAAAAAUCUUUUUCCUCCAACAAUUACGCUGCUCUCACUUCCUCUGUUUCUCUCUCUCUCUCUCUCUGCUCUCUCUCCACAAUCAAUGAGUGACACAAAACCGAAUUUGAAAACAUGGAAGAAAAUUGAAGCAAACCCCACAACCAGCUAAUUAAAUGCAUAUCUAUACAGAUCUAUAAAUAUAUACGUAUAUAUUUUAAUUUUUAUAUAUGUAGCUUCAAAGGAAGAAAUGGGCAUUUGCUUUUUAAUCCUUGUAAGCUGCUUUUGAGAUGAUAAUAGCAACAGCCCAACCACACCGUCCCUACCAAUCAAUCUGCCUCUCCAGCCCAAAGUCUUUACGUCUUCUUCCAUGAACACCCUUUAAUUCUAUCUCUCUCUCUCUCUCUACACCUCAAAACGGUUACUUUUCUAUUCCUUCAAUGACCCUUUAAACGGCUCACUUGCUUUUGCUUCCUUUUUCGUUUUUUCCUUCUUAGUUUCUAAUUUUGUUGAAGAACAUUUAUUAUGUGAUUUCAUAAUUUACACAUGGUAUUCUUCUAGGUGCUUUCGUUGGUUGGUUCAGAGAGUGAGUGCAAAAGAGAGAGGUGUUUCUCUUUUUAUUUUUUUUAUUUUUUAUUUUUUAAUAAUCUUGAGGUAGUUUUAGAGGGAGGCCGGCACAUAUGGAUUUCUCAUCGUUCGUGACUUCGUUAGGGACGUCGUUUGUGAUAUUCUUGGUUUUGAUGAUCCUUUUUGCAUGGGUCUCGGCGAGGCCUGGGAACGCCGUUGUGUAUUACCCGAAUCGGAUCCUGAGAGGGUUGGAUCCAUGGGAGGGAGGCUCCACGACCCGCAAUCCCUUUGCGUGGAUCCGGGAGGCUGCGUCUUCAACGGAACGGGAUGUUAUAACCAUGUCAGGGGUUGAUACGGCUGUGUACUUUGUGUUCUUGAGCACUGCUUUGGGGAUAUUGGUUUUAUGUGGCUUAAUUCUGCUACCACUUCUUCUGCCUAUUUCUGCCACUGACCACGGUCUAAAGUUUCAUUCGAAUUCCACCACAAGCAAUGGGACUUUCAGUGACCUCGACAAGUUGUCCAUAGGAAAUAUCAUGGAUAAAAGUUCAAGGUUGUGGGCAUUUCUGAUAGGUGUCUACUUUGUUUCUUUUGUGACUUAUUACCUCUUAUGGAAGGCAUAUAACCAUGCUUCUGAUCUGAGAGCUAAUGCAUUAAUGUCUCCUGAAGUGAAGCCUGAACAAUUUGCAGUUCUUGUUAGAGACAUACCUCCUGUUCCUGAAGGUCAAACCAGAAAGGAACAGGUUGAUACGUACUUUAAAACUAUCUAUCCCGAUACUUUUUACAGAUCAAUGCUGGUCACAGACAACAAAGAGGUGAACAAAAUUUGGGGAGAGUUGGAGAACUACAAGAAGAAGCUGGCACGUGCUGAAGUAGUAUAUGCCUUAUCCAAAGAGAAAACUGGAGAUAGACCCACUAACAGAACUGGUUGGCUUGGUUUAAUUGGGAAAAAGGUAGAUAGUAUAGAGUACUACAAUGAGAAAAUUUCUGAACUUACGAAGAAACUGGAGUCUGAACAAAAAGUUACACUCAGGGAGAAGCAACAAAGUGCUGCUUUGAUAUUUUUCACAAGCAGGGUGUCUGCAGCUUAUGCAUCUCAGAGUUUACAUGCACAAAUGGUUGACAAAUGGACAGUUAUUGAAGCUCCAGAGCCUCGUCAAUUAAUUUGGUCCAAUCUUAAAAUCAAGUAUUUUGCAAGGGAAACAAGGCAGUAUAUUGUGUAUGUUAUUGUGGGUCUGACCAUAUUAUUUUACAUGAUUCCAAUUGCAGCAAUCUCUGCAUUCACAACACUAAAGAAUUUGAAGAAACUUCUUCCAUUUUUGAAGUCAGUAUUGAGCAUUAAGGCAUUAACUACGGUUCUGGAAGCUUACCUCCCUCAGCUUGCACUCAUUAUCUUUCUGGCUUUGUUGCCGAAAUUACUUCUGUUUCUCUCUAAGGUUGAGGGAAUACCUUCACAGAGCCAUAUAGUAAGGGCUGCUUCUGGAAAAUAUUUUUACUUCACAGUGUUGAAUGUUUUUAUUGGAGUUACAGUGGGUGGAACCUUGUUCGCUUCAUUGAAGACCAUUGAGAAUGACCCAAAAAAAGUUGUUGACUUACUAGCAACAAGCCUGCCAGGCAAUGCAACUUUCUUCCUCACCUUUGUGGCUCUGAAGUUUUUUGUUGGCUAUGGACUCGAACUGUCCCGAAUAGUUCCUCUAGUGAUUUUCCAUCUGAAGAGGAAAUAUCUCUGUAAGACUGAAGACGAGAUAAAAGCAGCAUGGGCUCCGGGGGACCUUGGGUUUGCAACCAGAGUUCCUGGUGACAUGCUGAUCUUCACAAUUGUCCUCUGCUACUCUGUCAUUGCUCCUCUAAUUCUUCCAUUUGGUGCAUUGUAUUUUUGCCUUGGAUGGCUUAUCCUGCGGAAUCAGGCUCUCAAAGUAUAUGUUCCAUCAUUCGAAAGCUAUGGAAAAAUGUGGCCGCACUUGUUUAUCCGUGUCCUUGCUGCUAUGAUACUAUACCAAGUUACCAUGUUUGGUUACUUUGGAGUGAAGAAAUUCUACUAUGCACCAAUCCUAAUUCCACUUCCCAUCAUCACCUUGAUUUACGGAUUCAUUUGUCAUAAGAAAUUCUAUCGUGCAUUCCACGUUACUGCUCUUGAAGUUGUUUCUCGCGAACUAAAGGAAACUCCAAAUAUGGAACAAAUUUUCAGAUCAUUCAUCCCACCAAGCUUGAUAAGCGAGAAGUUAAAUGAUGAUGAUAAUUUUGAGGAUGCUUUAUCACAAGUUUCAAGACAAGGAUCAUUUGUUUAAUGUAGAGUUCUUCAUCCCACUUUGAUUUUUGCUGGAGUAGUUGUUGCUGUGGUGUUUGUAGUGUUUGUAAAAACACUUGUUUCUUUUAAAACUUAGAAGACAAUUGGUUGAUAAUGUGUAAUUAGGAACCAAUGCAGUAGAUCGCUUGUAAUAUGUGGAUGGCCUGGUUUCUGGUUGUGUUGGCUCAAUUUCUCGUCAAAACUGGGUUUGUAGCAGCAAAAGUGAUGUUACCAUUAGAGAUGUUUUUCGUUUUGUCGUUACAUUAAUGGCCUUGCCUCUCUUGUUGGUGUAAUUUUCAGCAUGUAAAGCUUAAUGAUUAGAAUUGGAACUUUCUUCUUCUUCAA